AUGCAACUAACCAAUUUCAUCCUUCCCAUUCUUUCGCUCGCUUCCACUCUAAACGCGAGCCCAAUCCUUGCGCCCCGCGCCAAGGUCCCCGCCGGCGUCUUCACAGUCACGGAUUUCUACGACAGCGGCGUCCCGCAUUCUCUCUAUUCAUACGUUUCAUUUAACGUACAAGACCCUUCAUUCACCGCAUACUGCACUGCUAGUUCCUCCGUCAUGCCUACUAUAGCUACCGCACCUUUCCCCACAAGGUGUAACAAGCCUGGUGUAUCUUUCGGGCUUGAGUACAAGACGGGUAUUGGUUAUGUCUUGACCAUCAUUCAUAGAUAUAAUAAGGAUCAAACAAUUGAUCUCGGUACUAUCUGGGUCGGAACAGACGUCCGGACUAGAGUCAAUCCCGCGAACCCCAAUGGCAAUGUUCAGUAUAUCAACUACCCAACGAACUUUACCGUUCCAUACGGUCACUACACCGAACCCAAGAAAACUAAAUAA